CGCCGGCGGCCGCCGGCUGGGCGUGCCUCCUGCUCGAGGAGGCGCUCGGCGCGCUCCGGCGCAUGGUGUGGGACCACCAGAUGGAGCCAGUGGCGUUCGAGGACAUGGUGAUAGAGAGCAGCAACGGGAAGCGCCACCACUGCAAUCAGUACCGAAAGAUCCGCCUAGAUUUUCCCAGCUGGAGAUAUCAGAAGAGAGUAAGAAGGCUUUGAUCCAUGAUUUCGGCUUCGACCAAAUGACAGCUGUGCAAGCUGCUGCAAUCGGGCCGAUGCUGGCGGACAAUGAUGUCAUCGUAAGGGCGAAAACAGGGACAGGAAAAACCUUGGGUUUUUUGGUGCCCAUGGUCGAAAAUAUUUGCAAGCAGCCCGCGGGAAAGGGCUUCAUCUCUGCCCUCAUCAUAUCGCCCACCCGUGAGCUUGCUGCACAGAUUGCAAAAGAGGCAGAAGUUCUUGUCAACUACCAUAGCCUCACAGCUUCUUGCGUCUACGGGGGCGUUGGUAAGAUCUCUAAGGAUAUGGGUAAGCUUGCCAAUUGCGACAUUUUGGUUGCCACGCCCGGUCGAUUGCAAGACCACCUUGACAACACCCCAGGCUUCACGAAUAAGCUCUCAAAAUUAGUUGUCCUAACACUGGAUGAGGCCGACCAGCUCUUAGACAUGGGCUUCAAAGCUGCUCUUCUGCGGAUUUUUCGGUGUUUGCCUCCAGCAGAGUUGCGGAGAACAGCGCUGUUCUCAGCUACGUUUCCUGCGACUGUGGACCAAAUCGGGAAAUCCGCCUUGCGGCCAAACCGUCUCUACAUCAACACUGUAAGACCAGACGAGGAAGAGACGCCUGACCAGAUUGAUCAAAGCGUCGUCACGAGUGAUCUGGCCGGCAUGACGACGCUGCUUUGGAGAGUACUCGAAUUCGAACGGUUGAGUUCUUUAACGAGCAAGAUAAUUGUCUUCUUCAAUACUGCAAAGAGCACAGCUUUCUUCUCUGAGCAAUUUACCGCAGCAGGCGCCCGCUGCCCGACGCCGGUCGUCCUCCUGGCCCCCAAGGGCGCGUGGCAGCAGGAGCGAGCUCGGGGUGGGCUGUGGGUCCCGCCCUCGCAGCUGCGGCCGUCCUCCCAGCGCCGCCGGGUGCCAGCUUGGGCCUCCUGCCCAUCGGCCAUGGGCUGUGUGGGUGACUGUCCCGAGGGCCUCUGGUACGCCCUCAGUUGCUCGUACCAGUUUCUCGGCUUGAGAGGCCUCUGCGCCACCGCCGGCGCGUCCAGCGCGCCGGCGGUGACCCGUGACAGGUGGCAAGCCCCGGAGCACCGGCCGCUGCCGGUGUGGACCGAGGGGGGCGUGGAGGAGACCGAGCCCGCCAAGGGCGACCAUGAGCGGCAGCCUCCGCCAGGCGCGCUGGCGGCGAUGCUGGCGGUGCUGGUGCUGGUCAAUGCCAACGACCAGAUCUUCAAGGAGCUGUCUCGGUCUCAGGGGCGCUUCCCCUACCAGGUCAGCAGCGUGAUCCUGGUGGCGUCCUUCCUGUCGGUCGCAGGAGGCCUGGCCGCGUGCUGCGCGGUGCACGGCGUGCGCGCCGGGCUGCAGCAGUGCCUGCAGGUGGAGCAGCUGCGCCGCUGCUGCAUCCCCUCGGUGCUCUUCACCUACGCCGUGCUGCUCCGCUUCGCCGCGGUGCGCUUCCUCGGCGCGGGCGUGCUGAACGUCACGGAGCCCGUCUUCGGGCUGGGCCUGUCGGCCGUGGCCGCGCAGCUCCUCAAAGGAGGCGCCCUGAGGCUGCGGCAGGUCUGGGCCCUGCUCUGCGCGCUGCUGGGCCUGCUGUGGUUCCUGACGCUGCGCGGCCCCGGCGGCCCGCCGGCGGCGCCCGCGCUCGUGCCGGCGGCCGGCGCAGGCUGCGAUGGCGGGCGGGCCUCCGCGGCGUGCGCGCCCCACGCGCCGCUCGGCAGCCCGCUCGCGCUGGGGUGGCUGUGCAUGCUGGGCAGCGCCGCGCUGGGCACGGCGGCCGGCCUGGCGGCGGAGAGGCUCCUCAAGCAGGGCGGGCCGGCCGGGCGAGUCUCGUUCCUGGUGCGCAAGACGCAGUUGGAGGUGCCCGCCUUCUUCGCGGCGCUCGUGUCCAGCCUGGUGCUGGAGCCCAUGGUUGACGCCGGGGCGUUUCAGCCUGUCUCUGUGCGCCCCCUCUCGGUGCUGCUCAGGGGCUGGGACCGACGGACUCUCCUGGUGCUCGGCGCUGUGCUGGCGCGGUCCUGGCUGGCGGCUGGCAUCGUCAAGUACCUCGACACCCUGCGGUAUUCGCUGACGCAGGUGUGCGGCAUGCUGCUGACCUUCUUCGUGCUCGAGGCCUUCGCCUCGCAGGGGGACCUGCUGGGGAACCUUCGCAGGCGGCCAGGGGCCUACUCCGCGGUGCUCGUCGUGGCGGCAUCGAUCGGGGCCUUCGCCAGCGCGUCGGCGGCGCCGAGGCCCAAGGCCAGCGCGCCGCCGCACCGGGCGUGGGGCCCGCGCCGCGGGCCGCUGCGGCAGGAGUCGGCCUCGGAGAGUUCGCCGUGCCGCUCCUGA